AUGGCACCCGAUGUUCUUUCUGAGAUGGAUCAACUAACUCGCUCUGAAUUUCACAAGGCUCUCGUGCAUGCAAAAAACAAAAGACUACUGUAUGUUCAAAGACGACAAGGAGAUAUUCAGUUAGAAGGUGCCAAUCCAUCUCAGGAAGAAGGUGAUGAAGGCACAGAAGAAAUUGUAGAAUCUGGAUUAGAUUUGGUGUUAAACCAACGUCUUGUAGAAACUGGUUUUAGUAAAAAUGAUUACAAAACAUACCUCAAGUCAUAUACUAAAACGUUGCAGGAUAAAUGGAAAGAAAUGGGCAAAAGUGAGAGUGAAAUUGCUGAUGCCAAAAGUAAAUUCACCGAAGCUGUUAAAAAAGUCCUUCCAAAGGUUGGGGAUCUACAGUUUUUCAUGGGUGAAAGUUCAAAUCCUGAUGGCCUGGUUGCCCUCUUAGACUAUCGUGAAAAUUCUGAAGGCCAGGAAACCCCUAUAAUGAUGUUUUUCAAACAUGGUUUGGAAGAAGAAAAAGUUUAAAUCUUUUUAGAAGAGAUUUCAUCAGUUCUAAUUUUUGGCUGUACAUAAAGAUGUUGGAAAAACCUGCGCUGUGCCUUUAAUAUAUUCUUUAAAAUUACAACUUAAUGUUGUUUUUGAUUAACACGUGAAAAUUAUACAAGAUGUAUGAAUUGCACGCUAAAUCUAAAGGACUAAAGUUUGAAACUGUUUCGAAUAAAUUAAAAAAUACAUACUGUGCGUAAUUCUCAUUAAAUUGCCAAAAAGAAGUAAAAUCAGAAAAUUGCUGGAAAGAACAUGUAUAAUCAAUUUUUUUCUCUUGGAAUUAAAUUAUCUGCUUUGCUGGAGAAUACUUACAGUUGGAUUUGAAGCUGAAAAAGUAAUACACAAAAUUUCAAAUUUAUAAAUUCUGUGUAAUAACACUUGCAUAUUAAUAUCUAUAAAUAGCAAAGAUUGUUCAUCUUUAUGUAAUAAAUUAAAAAUUACAAACUAUG